AUGGUCUGGGUGACUGCGACAGCGCCGUACUUCGUCCUCACGUGCCUCUUCAUCCGUGGAAUAACCCUUCCGGGAGCCGGAAAGGGCAUCUACUACUACUUGACUCCCGAUUUCAGCAAACUUUCUGAUCCGACUGUAAGACCUUCGCAGCAAGCGAUGCCUAUUGUUUUGACAGGUCUGGUCGGCGGCGGCGACUCAGAUUUUCUUCUCACUUGGACCUGGUUUCGGGGUCCUUCUCGCGUUGAGCAGUUAUAACGACUUCAACAACAAUUGCUACAGGUUUGUUUUAGAGCACAGCCUUGUCGAAGCACAAUAGAUGAUCAAAACUAUCAAACCGUUUUGAAAAGGAAUUAGUCAGAAUAUUCGUGAAAAAUCAAUACUCAUUGAUACGCUUUUUUGUCAGCAGCCAGCGCAAAUAAAAAUUUCACUGGUUAUUAAAAAGUUUCUUUUCAAAUAUAGUCAAUCCCUCCCGACUUGCGGAGAAGUGGGUAAGACGCGCAGCGUGCGCGUAUGCGGUUCUUGUAGUGCGCCGCAGUGCAUGCACACGAAACACUACACUUUACGGAAAAAAUAUGAGCGGGGAGUUGUCAAAAAACGCCGUGUACCGCUAAGGAACUUUCUGUCGGAGAAGUUUACGAGUAAUCUUUUUCCGACUCUUUCCUCGAUAAACAGUUUGUUUUGAAUCCUCCUAUACGAAUUAGGUAGUUGAUUCAUGAUUUAAAAAAAACAAAGAAGUAGAAAAAAAAAAUGCUAAAAAAUGUUUUAUAAACUGAAAAAUAUAUGGAAAAAAAAGUCGGAUAGGGAUUCGUCGGAAACUUCUCCACCGGAUAGUUCCCUAGCGAUAUGAAAAAAUUGGAUAAGUCGCCGUUCGAAAAUUCAUUGGCUUUUUUUUUCAUACCACCUGAAAUUUGAAGUCAAAUUAGGAGUUGUAAUAAAAGCACAUCUUGGAGCAGAAGCCUAAAAGUAUCAAAAAAAGGUCUUACAAUGGAAAACUCAGAGAUGCCGUUGUGACCACCACCAUCAACUGUCUGACGUCGUUUUUCUCCGGUUUCGUCAUUUUCUCGACACUCGGCUACAUGUCGCAGUUGACGAACAAGGAGGUCCACGAGGUGAGUCUGGAUUAUGACAGUGAGACUCGACGUCUUCAGGUGGUGGGAGACCACGACGCCUCCCUCAUCUUCAUCGUCUAUCCACAGGCGCUGGCCAGCAUGAGCUACAGCAGCGUCUGGUCCUUCAUCUUCUUCGUUAUGCUCAUCACUCUCGGCAUCGACAGCACGGUUUCACAUUUUUUUUACAAUCGAGCAAAUACCACCGGAAUCAAUUUAUUUUAAAGCGUUACACAUAGGCAAAAUCGGAAAGGUUUUCAUUAAUUGUUCCUAAACGGGUGGCAACGGAUUCCUUUUUACUGCCUUUUUUCGUCCUUUAUCCACCCUUUUUGGAGCCUUUUUAGAAAAACAAUAUUUUCAAAUUAAGAAUAAUCUCUACCAGUGACUGUGUAUGAACCGAAAUGUGUUACAGUAAGAAAACCGGAAAUCAUCGAUGGCUGAGACUUUUAGCCUCCCUUUUUGAGGCCUUUCUAUCCCAAAAAGUAUGAAAGGCUCAAUAAAGGCCGCAAAAAAAAAACGCGGAACCCUUUUAGCGACCAUUUUGCACCCGUUUUCCUCACUUCCGACUUUGGCAGUGAUUGAAAAUCGAAGUUGAAUUUUUCAUUCUUUUAUGAUAGCGAUUUUCAGUUCGCCGGAAUCGAAGCGCUAAUCACGGGUUUCUGUGACGAGUCACGGCUUCUGACGAAACAUCGCAAAUGGUUCGUUCUGGUCAUCUGCAUCGUCUACUACUUCGGCAGUUUCCCCGCAAUCAGCUACGUAAGACUUUUCAUCUUCUUGCCUGCCUCUCCACUUGAUGCCGGUCCAUCGUAUACGAAAUCAUAUAAUUUUUUCUUUAUUAGUCUCCCGCUUGGGACAAAAAGCGCCACGAAAACGUACGAUUGCACUUUUUAGAAUCUUGAUGUCUGAAACAAUCGAUAAAUUACUAGAUUCUGCAUAUUUGCUUGGAAUUUUUUUGAAAAAUUCUAGAAAACCGCACACAGGAUAUAGUCGAUUUUUUUUAGGGAUUUUAGUUAGGGGCCCCUAUAGGGGACUUGCUAGUCUAUAAUUUUUAUGAACUUUAAGCGAAGAAGCACCUUAAUUUCAACUCAUUAGGGACCAUUUUUUGGGCCCCUAACCCCUGUAGGGAUCACUCUGGUAUUCCUAAGAAAAGCCGCGUAUGCAAGAAGUCACCAUUGCCAAUCUACUAAACCCUUUCAAGUCGAGAAGGAUUUAGUAAAAAAAAAAUCCAGAUAAAUUAGUCUUUUCUGAGCUGAGAUCUUGGUUUAUGAUGAAGAGUGAUUGGCGAAAAAAAUUCCAUCAGAAGUGAAACUAAAAAUAAGAAGCUGUUAGAAAUGUUCCCGAAAUUGAGUUGGAACGACGAAAAUAAUUUUGCAGGGCGGUCAGUACAUAAUCCCUUUUCUGGAUGACUACGGAGUCUCUUUAUCGGUCCUGUUCAUUGUCACGUGCGAGAUGAUCGCCGUCUGCUGGUUCUACGGCAUUUCGGCCUUUAGCAACGACAUCAAGUGGGUUCUCUUUCAGCCUUCUCUGACACGACUCAUUUACAGAGCAAUGCUUGGUUUCUACCCGGGGAUUUAUUGGCGUGUGUGCUGGACCUGCUGUCCCAUUUUCAUCAGCGUACGAUCCAUCAAUUCAAGAAUUGGGGGAAAAUUUCGGAAAGUUGCAGAUAAUCUUCCUAAUGACCGUCUACAACACGUCUUUCGCACCGCUGCAGCUCGCCGAGUACACGUAUCCGACUUGGAGUGUCGCGCUGGGUUGGUCCUCGGAGUGUUCAGCGCAUCUAAACCCUUUGCAGGAUGGUUCUUGCGUUCUUUGUCCGUUUUGAGCGUGCCGAUAUGUGCUAUCGUCAUAUUGUUUCAAGGAAAGGGCACCUUGAUGGAGGUUAGAGCUUCUUUUCCUAAGAAGGUCGCCGGUUGUUGCAGAGGCUGCGAUGGGCGACGACGCCGCAGCAGAGACGAGGCUCCGUGACGUCACUCGUCGCAGAUCCCACCCAAAUAAUCGACAGUUCCUUGCUGGACCCGGUCCACACACUGACCCAAGUCUGA